GACUUUGAUUGGCUAUCGUGAGGCGGGACUAGCGGGGAAAUCCUGAAUGAUGAUUGGUUGGGGGUGUUAGGCGCGCGCCCUCGGGAAAUGAGACGUCCGUGCGGGCUCUGCCUUGGCUGCCGAGAGGCGGGGUGAGCCGGCGGCCCCUGAGGUGACGGGGACGGCGUGGGGAGCCAUGGGUCAGGCAGUGAAGGUUUUACAGCUCUUUAAAACACUGCACAGAACCAGACAGCAAGUUUUUAAAAAUGAUACCAGAGCAUUGGAAGCCAGAAUAAAGAUCAAUGAAGAAUUCAAAAGUAACAAGAGUGAGACUUCUCCUAAGAAAAUAGAAGAGCUGAUGAAAAUAGGUUCUGACGUUGAACUGCUCCUCAGAACAUCUGUCAUACAAGGAAUUCACACAGACCACAACACACUGAAAUUGGUCCCCAGGAAAGAUCUUCUUGUUGAAAAUGUGCCAUAUUGUGAUAAACCAACUCAGAAGCAAUGAAUUUUCUAGAGUAAAACAAGUCUUCACACCAUUACCUUUAAAAUGGAUCAUUCUACCCAAAGUCCUGGAAUUCAGAUACUUCUCUCUAAAUGGACAGAUGGGAAAAUGAGUGAAGGAAAGAAGAACUUCAUAAUUAAAUUCACAUUAAAAUGACAUUGCUUAGAACUGCA